AUGGCGGCCAACUCUCAGGGAAUUCAGACGCUUCUCGAGGCCGAGAAGGAGGCUGCCAAGGUCGUCGCCAAGGCUCGCCAGUACCGCAUCCAGAAGCUCAAGGACGCUCGUUCCGAGGCUGCCAAGGAGAUUGAGGAGUACAAGGCUGCGAAGGAUGCCGAGUUCAAGAAGUUUGAGUCUGAGACCUCGUCGUCGCAGUCCACCAUCGACACCACCACCAAGGACCAGCUCGCCACCCUCGACUCGGACAUCAAGAAGAACGGUGACGCAGCUACCAAGAAGAUUGUCGGCCGUGUCCUCUCCGUCGAGCCCAAGCUCCACCCCAACCUCCAGAAGAUUGAGGCAUAG